CCGGCCAGAAUCAAAAUGCAUUGAGCUGUAAAUGCUGUUGCCUUCUACUAGAUACAGUGUAGUGCACAUUGCAUGGGAACUGAUGCCGCUCUGUUUAUUAUGUCUGCCGGUAUCGUCGUUCACUGCACUGUGAACGUACGUAUUAUACCCGGAUUACUAUUGAUUUGAAGGCUACGUGAUGUGUACACUGGGAUAUGAUUAGCUUUGAUUUUGGAAUACAUACGCAACAAAAUGUCGACAGGAUCUCCAAAGAAAGCCAGCAAAACGCUCGCAGAGAAGGGACAGCAUUUGGACCCAAUCAACGUGUCGGAAACAGUGAGUAGUAAUGCCGGUAGCUGCCCCAGUGAAUGCAGGCAAACGUAUUGCAGUACAUUUACAUGUAGUACUAGUAGUGAAGGCCUCGAGGAACAAGAUUUAAAAAGUGCAGUUACAGAACAAUCACCUACUUCAAAUCACAGAGGGAAUUCUCAAGCAGACGGAAAUGAAGGGGCUGCGUGUUCUGAUAUAGACUCGAAAUACGUUGAUGAGGAUGUAGACGCAGUAUUAACAAAUCAUACUGAUACUGUUCCCCAUGGCCAUGGCAACUUCAAACUCGGCGCCGAUAGCGUUGAUCUUGAUGAUGCCGCUUUCAGUGCUUUCAAUGUGACUGUUACCCCAGAUGGAUUUUUAUCACCAGCGUCACCGACGUCGCCCACCAGUCCUGAUCCCGACGGAGUACGAUCACCGCUGAAAUCCUCAAUGCGUGACCCUAAACGACCUCGAACGCCCCCAGGCACGCCUUCCCGGAAGUCAGUUCACUUUGCGGACGCCCUAGGGUUGGACUUGGAGACUGUCAAGACCAUACUGCGAACGGAGUCACCACCUGACCUGCAUGUCCAUGUGGACGAGGAGAAACAAACAAUAUGUGCCAAGGUUCUGUCGUUGUGCUUCCAACAACCCGGUGGGAAGCCAGAUUUCUUGUCCCGCCUCAAUUCCUUGAAUGUUUGCCUUGAGAACGUGGUUGUCCAUGAAUUCACCCUCAUCGGCACCAUCAAGGUGAAAAACUUAGGCUACAACAAAGAAGUGCGAAUUCGCCAAUCGUCAGACAAUUGGAGUUCUUACAUUGACACUAUGGCUAUGUACGUCCAGGGUUCUUUUGAUGGGCCUACGGAUCGGUUUUCUUUUGGACUCUCUGGACCUAGGAGUAUGGCUCCAGGAGCAAUACUCAGUUUUGCUAUCUAUUACAAGGUAGCAGGACAAAUAUUUUGGGAUAGCAAUGGAGGACAGAACUACUCCCUUGUGUGUGAGGAAGUCAAGAAACUAUGAUAUGUGUGUGUGAUAGUCGAUGUACCAAAACAUAACGUCUUCAACCAGCUGAAGGCUACAUCCUGAUGCAUAUCAAGCCAUGGUAAUGGCAAUGGUCGAGCAGGUACAGGUCAUGUAGAUGGACCUGGGUGAAAAAGUCAGAGCUCAUAUCAUUAGGGAGUCGUACUCGUACAAAGACCCCAAUUCCGAAGAUGAAUAAACUGCUAUUCAACAAACAUGUAGUUUUUUUUUGUUGUUGAAGUGAAAUAAUGUACAAGCAUUGCAUUCAGAGUGAUUAACCCUUCGAUCAGUAUACGAGAAAUGUACUGUAACUAUGCCAGCUAGCUGGUCUUUUGCAUGACGAUUGCUCUCAAUCUUAGUCUACAAAGCAUAACUCUACAGAUCAUAGUUUAGAUUAUUAAUAAAUUCAAAUUAAGUAGCUUGACUCUUGUAGAACAUCUGAAUUUACACUUAUUUGUCGUAUUUAUUCAAAACAGAUUAAACGUGUGUUAUAUUUUGGCUGGUGUAAGUGGCUAACUAACAUAAUGUGUACAUCAUGUAUUAUAUUAACUUCAUAUCUGCUAUGCAAAACUAAACAUCUUUGUUCAUGAUUGUGGCAAUUGAACAAUAAGCUAUCUGAACUGUUUUUUUUUGCUAUUCGAACUUCGCGAUUUAGCUCCUUUCUAAAGUUGUCUCUUUCUUGUCAAACUUGCAUACAAUACACGUUUACUAGAGUUAUAAUAAAUGUAAUGAAAUACUGAGGGUGCUAUUGAAUAUUUUGCUGUGAUGAAUAUUAGAAAAUGGAAUUGUAAAUGAUAGCCUGCAAUAUUAUCAUACACCAUGUCAAAUCUUUUUUAAAGAUACCAUUUAUAUACAGCAGUUAGUGUAAAGGUAUUUAUCAAUGAUCAGUAUUGUAUUCGGUGUGUUUUACAUGUACAUGUACUCUACAUUAUCUUACUUAUCUAGGGGCAAGAGUGCGAAGUCAAAAUAUCGGCCGAUUUUCCAUAUCUACUCAAUUGAAUAAUCCUAGAUAACAAAUCAUUGAUAAGUACUAAGUACUAGUAUUUGAAGUCGCUCUAUUAGCAUUUCAAAACACAUGGCAGCAGGAAUUUCCCUCGUAAUGUCAUGUGUGUAGCAUGUUAAGAAGUAGCAAAGGACAGCUGAAACUAUCAGCAUAACAACAAAU